AUGUCACCGCCGGCCUCGAAACAGAAGCCUUCCGCAGCAGAGCAGUUCAUCCCACCCCCUUCCAGUGAGGAGGCCCCACCCACUUGGGCCGACAAGUGGGAGCUACUACCAGCGUUCUUGGAGGCUAGGGGCUUGGUGAAGCAGCAUAUUGAUAGUUUCAACUACUUCGUUACGACGGAGAUUAAAGAUAUCGUCCUGGCUGAGUCCAAUAGGCGUAUCACCAGUGAUGUCGACCCUAACUGGUUCUUAGAGUACCACGACGUCCGUGUGGGAGCCCCUAGCUACCGUGGCGUGCUGCAGCAUGUUCAAACUACUCCUAUGAUGUGCCGUAUUAGGGAUAUGACGUACGCGAGUGACAUCCUGGUGGACAUCUCAUACGUUCGAGGGCGUGAAGUAGUGCGGAAGAAUGGCGUUUGUGUGGGACGUCUGCCGAUAAUGCUCCGCUCGAAGCUGUGCCGACUUCACGAUGCCACUACAGAGCAGAUGGAGAGGAUGCAGGAAUGCCCACACGACCCUGGUGGAUAUUUCAUCAUCAAGGGCACGGAGAAGGUGCUUCUGAUGCAGGAGCAGUUGAGCAACAAUCGUAUCAUCGUGGAGAUGGACCCGAAGAAAUUGGUCCAGGCUGUGGUCACCAGCUCCACAGCUGAUAACAAGUCACGAACGGUUGUGUGUUUCAAGUCGGAGCUGAGCGGACUGUUCGUGAAGCAUUCGGCCUUCACUGAGCUCAUACCGGCAGUCAUCAUGCUUAGGGCAAUGGGCAUGGAGUCUGAUCAAGAGAUAGUUCAAAUGGUGGGCACUGAGAAGUGUCAUGUCGAUGGUAUGAUUCUAAGUCUGCAAGACGCCCAUGCUACGGGGGUCUUCAGUCAACAACAAGCCCUUGAGUAUCUCGGAAAUAAGCUGAAAAUCAGAAUGUAUGCCGAUGGAAGCUUCAGCUCGGCCUUCGAUCAGGAUAAGGGAGGUGCCACCAAACCUCUUGAUUUCAGUGGCAAGUGCAGAUUCCUGUGUCUCAUGAUGCGACGAGCCUUGGAUGCACGCAGCGACUCGACGCUUCUUGAUGAUCGCGACUACUACGGCAACAAACGUCUCGAGUUGGCCGGGCAGCUGAUCGCCCUUCUGUUCGAGGAUCUUUUCAAGAGCAUGAACACUGAGAUCAAGAAGUCUGUUGACAUGCGCCUUACCAAGUUCUUCCAGCAGACGUCUUCUGCACGAGCGGGUCGGUCCACGGUUGGGCUUGACAGCGGCUAUCCCGACGUGCUACUUCGGGCAACUGGAAACAUCAAACGUUUCCGAAUCGAUCGCUCGGGCGUUAGCCAGGUUCUCUCGCGGUUCUCCUUCAUCGCUGCAUUGGGGGCCAUGACUCGCGUUAAGUCCCAGUUCGAGAAGUCCCGUAAGCUGGCGGGGCCUCGAGCCCUGCAGCCCUCCCAGUGGGGUAUGCUGUGCCCUUCCGACACUCCUGAAGGUGAACAGUGCGGGCUUAUCAAGGCCUUGUCACUGUUGGCCCACGUCACUACACCCGACGAGGAAGGACCGAUACGACGUCUUUGCUAUUCCCUUGGUGUUGAGGAUGCAGCAGGGCUCACUGGUGAGGAACUUCAUUCAGCUGGCACCAUUACUGUGUUCCUCAAUGGUGCCCUGCUGGGCGUCCAUAGAAGGCCCCAGACUUUCAUGAGUGAUAUGAGAACGCUGCGUCGGCGGGGCAAAAUCGGGGAGUUCGUGUCGAUCUACGAGCAUGAAGCACAGAGAGCUAUCAUUAUCGCGACAGACGGUGGUCGCCUCUGUCGACCCCUUAUUGUGGUGAAGAAGGGCAAGCCUAUGCUGAAGCCGGAGGUGCAUCUACGGAAGCUCAGGUCAGGGGAGCUCAGGUUUACUGACUUCCUGAGAUUGGGUAUAAUAGAGUGGGUCGACGUGAAUGAGGAGAACAAUUCAUAUAUCGCUAUCAACCCUGAGGACGUCACGAUGGAGUCUACACAUCUAGAGAUCGAGCCCCUUACUCUGCUGGGAGCUGUGGCCGGCUUGGUCCCCUACCCCCACCAUAACCAGUCCCCUCGUAACACAUACCAAUGCGCGAUGGGUAAACAAGCUAUGGGUAACAUCGCGUGUAACCAGCACCUUCGAACGGAUACUCAGCUGCUGCUGUUGACGUAUCCCCAACAGCCGAUGUGCAAGAGCCGAACCAUUGACCUUAUUGGGUAUGAUAACCUCCCAGCUGGCCACAACGCUAGUGUGGCGGUUAUGAGCUAUUCGGGAUAUGAUAUUGAAGAUGCGCUUAUCAUGAACAAGGCGUCGAUCGAUAGAGGUUUCGGACGGUGCUGUGUAACCCGGAAAUAUGCAACACCACUGGCUCGGUCGGCCAUUGGAUCCAGUGAAGAGCUGCGAGCACCACCGGUGGUCGGGGGUGGGGGUAAGGGAGGAGGUCGUCAUCAGCGGCAAGGAGGUUUCGUGGGACGGGCGAAGAAGUAUGCUAUCAUUGAUGAGGACGGUCUGCCUUUCUCUGGAGAGCAAGUCGUUGAUGGUGGUAUUCUCAUCAACAAGGUGUCGCCUAUGAGCGAUGCUGCUACAGGGCAGGUCUCUCACUGGAGGGACACUCCGAUAUCAUACAAGAAUCCUGUGCCUUCAUAUGUGGAUAGAGUCAUUGCUACGGAGAACGAAGAUCAAGCUAAAAUAUUCAAGUGCAUCACCAGACAGACCCGACGACCCGAGCUGGGUGAUAAGUUCUCAAGUCGACACGGCCAGAAGGGUGUGGUUGGUCUCAUUGUGAACCAGGAGGACAUGCCUUUCGGCGAGAAGGGAUGGUGUCCAGAUCUGAUCAUGAACCCUCAUGGUUUCCCCAGUCGAAUGACUGUGGGAAAACUAUUGGAGUGUGUGUCUGGCAAAGCUGGCGUUCUCGAUGGUGAACGUUCGUAUGGUACGGCCUUUGGCGGGACAACUAAGGAGCACAUGACACAAUCCUUGAUCCGGCAUGGCUUCCAUCCUAGCGCUAAGGAGUAUAUCACAUCUGGCGUCACAGGGGAGGCUCUGGAGUGCUACAUUUUCGUGGGUCCGAUUUACUAUCAAAAACUGAAGCAUAUGGUUAUGGACAAGAUCCAUGCUCGUUCCACCGGCCCCGUGAAUCAGCUCACUCGACAGCCUACUGAAGGAAGGGCGAAGGAUGGUGGCCUUCGUCUGGGAGAGAUGGAAAGGGAUUGCUUAGUGGCAUAUGGCGCCUCCAAUCUGUUGCUGGAGCGUCUUAUGCUCUCCAGUGAUGUCUUCACAGCUUCCGUGUGUCGACGCUGCGGCCUUUUAUCGUACCAAAACGGAACGUGCAAGUUGUGUGGUACGAGUGAGAACAUCGUUGAUAUACGUAUGCCGUACGCUUGCAAGCUGCUAUUCCAAGAACUGCAAGCUAUGAAUGUCUGUCCUCGAUUAAAGGUCGAAUCUAGAUGA